CGGUCAGGAGAGGUUAUCAAAAUGGAGUCCUCCACUUCGCGUCCCGCCACCUCCAUUCCGAUUCCUUCUCGAGUUGUUUUGCGCGGCAUCAUUCAGUUUCUUUUUGCUCAAGAUUUUAAAUCGGUUGAUAUUCACAAACAGCUUGUUUCUGUAUAUGGAGAGAGUGUGAUGAGUGAAUCUAUGGUGCGGAGAUGGGUCCGAGAAUUUAAGGCAGGAAGACAUUCGCUUGAAGACGAAAGUGGGAGAGGCAGACCCUCCCUUAUCACGGAUGAGUUGACGACAAAAAUUGAAAAUGCGAUUCGCAAUGAUCGUCGUUUAACUUUAGAUGAACUCCACAACCUUUUUCCAGAGAUAUCCCGAAGUCUUAUCCAUGAGAUCGUUUCAGAAAAACUCGAAUUUCGCAAGGUUUGCGCCCGUUGGGUUCCCAGAGAACUGACUCCUCUACACAAGGCCACACGAGUGACUGCAGUCACUGGAGACGAGACCUGGGUCGCCCAUUACACACCAGAAAACAAAAGACAGUCAAUGCAAUGGAAGCACACCUAUUCUCCAACUGCAAAGAAGUUCAAAGUGGUCAAGUCCGUCAAAAAAAUCAUGGUUUCUCUCUUCUGGGACCAAAAAGGAAUUCUGAUUGAUUUUUUGCCUCAAGGAGCAACAAUAAAUGCGGAGCGCUAUUGUGAAACUUUGAAAAAGCUGCGUCGGGCCAUUCAGAACAAAAGAAGGGGGAUGUUGACGGCAGGUGUGUCCCUUCUUCACGACAAUGCUCGGCCGCACGUCGCUGCUUCAACAACUGCACUUUUGAAUCAGUUUAGUUGGGAUGUUUUGACCCACCCACCGUAUAGCCCGGAUCUAGCACCAUCGGACUACCAUCUUUUUACGAAACUGAAGGAGUCCUUGGCCGGAAAACGCUUCCAAAGCGACGAGGAAGUUCAGACAGCUUUUUACGGUUUGGAGAAGCGAUUGGCCAAAGGUGAUCGAAGUAUUAAUCUAUUGGAUGCUGCGUAUCGUAAACAUGACAUAACGUAUUCGCACAGCAAAGAUUUUGCUAAACGACACGCGGCUGACAAUAUACUCGCUGAGAAGGUGCGCAAACGCAUUAUCGCGAGAGAUUCGACUUUCGAAAAGAGAGCCGCUGCCACAGCCGUUUGGGCAGAUAUGAAAGUCAAAACGAAUCAAGGUAUCUUUAUUACAUCACCGGUCGAAGGAGCACGUCGAAACAAGAGCGGUAUCGUAAAUCUGGACAAUGUCGAGGGAUCUGCCAAUGUAAAUUCGUCAAACAACAAGUUUGACUAUAACAACGAGGAAAUUGUCAUUUCCGAAGGAUCGCGAUAUAGAGCAGUUCGUACGAAGCGCAAAAUUUUAUAUUCUCACAAUGCGAAACGCAAAGAGGACGAAGAGUUCCCGCUGGUGAUUCGUGCCAACAACAAUACGAUGAGAAGCGAGAUCAAUCGCCUAUCGGAUAAAUUUAAAAAACUUCGCAGCAUUGGCUUGCUGCUGGGAUUUUCGUUGAAUCGCAUGCUGGAGCGCAGUAGCACAAAGAUUGACUGCAACAGAAACGUUGCAGUUACUAGUACCGUCAAGAAUUACGUGUCGAUGACGUACGACAAAGCUUUGAUAGCGCUGAACACUGAAUGGAACUCUAAAUCUGACAUGGAGGAAGAACACUUUAAUUUUUGCAUUCAACAAGCUGUUGAGCUUUUGUGA